AUGGCAGGCACGUGCACCUACAUCUCCCGUCACGUGAUCGAACUGUCAUCCUACAACAGAGCUAGCAGGACUUGGGGUGGGGGUGCUUCCUUUUGCUGGGCUCGCAUCUCUGCCAUGAAUAGCAAUGGAGUGUCUAGUACGCGUAAGGUUGCACUUGCACCGGAAGGACCGUCUUGCAUAUUCGUUGGCCCAAUCGAGACUGCAAGCCAAGAAACCCUUGAAGCUCUCUAUUGUCAAGCACGGGAUGCAUAUUACAGUGGUAAACCGUUGAUAGUAGAUGAUAUGUUUGAUAGAGUUGAGUUAAAACUGCGGUGGUAUGGUUCCAAAUCUGUUGUCAAGUACCCUCGCUGCAGUAUCAGACGACAGUCCACAUACUCUGACGCAGAGAUAGAUAUAUCACAGGCGUUUGCACUAGCAAGCAUUUGGAUCCUCUUUCUUACAAUUGGCUGUUCAGUGUGCGCUCUGCCUAUAAUCUACUCAGUUGGCCUCGCUUACCAAGAUGCAUUUCACAUGGGAAUAUCCCAUGGCAGUCAGACAACCAUUAUUGGGUUUCUUGCUGCAGUUAAUCUUCUUCUCUUAAUGGCAGUGGGUGCUUUGAUCGGCUAUCCAAUUGCAUCAGCUUCAGUCAAGGUGCUGCAAGGUCUAUGGAGGAAUGACUUGGUGGCACUCAAGGGGGCAUGUCCAAAUUGUGGUGAGGAGGUAUUUGCCUUUGUGAAAUCAGAUCAAUCUAACAACUCCCCACAUAGAGCAGAUUGUCAUGUAUGUGAAAGUUUACUUGAAUUCCGCACCAAGGUUGAGCAAACCAUUUCAAGAGUAGGUAGUCAGUGGGUGUAUGGGCGCAUAUACCUUGUAUCGCGAAGACGUCAGAGAUGGAAGUAA